AUGGCUAUUGAAAUUGCCGGGCGGUGGAUCCAUUCAAUGGAGGAAAAUAAGGUGGAAAAUUGUAAGGGUAAAGUGUGCGUGACGGGGGCGUCAGGGUUUAUGGCUUCUUGGUUGGUUAAACGACUUCUGCAGUCUGGUUAUCGUGUUACGGGAACAGUCAGGGAUCCUGAAAAUGAAAAGAAAUUAGAGCAUCUAUGGAAGCUGGAAGGUGCAAAGGAGAGACUCCAACUUGUGAGGGCUGAUCUAAUGGAGGAGGGCAGCUAUGAUGAUGCAAUUAAGGGAUGCCAUGGUGUCUUUCAUACCGCUUCCCCGGUAUUUGGUCAACCAAUCGCUGAUCCAGAGGGUGAAAUCUUGGAUCCGGCUAUUAAGGGUACAUUGAACGUGCUAUGCUCAUGCGCAAGGAAUCCAUCUCUAAAGCGUGUGGUUCUAACCUCAUCUUCUUCAACUGUAAGGAUAAGAGAUGAUUUUGACCCCAAUAUACCUUUGGAUGAGUCAUCUUGGAGCUCUACUGACCUCUGUCGGAGGCUCCAGAUAUGGUAUGCUCUAUCAAAAAUUCUAGCAGAGAGGGCUGCAUGGGAAUUUUGCAAAGAGAAUAAGAUUGAUUUAGUAGUAGUUCUCCCUUCAUUCAUCAUUGGACCCAGUUUGCCACUUAAUUUGUGUUCAACCGCAUCUGACAUCCUGGGCUUGCUUAAAGGAGAGAAGCAAAAAUUUCAAUGGCAUGGGAGGAUGGGAUAUGUUCACAUCGACGAUGUUGCACUCAGCCACAUCCUUGUUUAUGAGAAUGAAAGUGCUCACGGUCGUUACCUUUGUAGCUCCACUGUGAUGGAUAAUAAUGAGCUGUCGUGCCUUUUACUAGAGCGUUAUCCAUUGUUUCCCAUCCCUAAGAGGUUUGAGUAUCUUGACAGACCAUAUUAUGAGUUCAACACCUCUAAGUUGAGGAAUUUAGGGUUCCAGUUCAAGUCCAUCCAUGAGAUGUUCGAUGAUUGCAUUACCUCUCUUACAGAGCAAGGCCAUUUAUCUUGA